ACUCCUAAAACAGUGCUUUUAUCAGUGGAGUGACUAUUGCAAUUUGGCACUUAUUAAUGUUUUUCCUUAAUUUCAGUUGUUGACUAGAUGACCAUCACUACAAAAAAUGAGAGGCCUAAGAGAUUUUAGAUUCUUACAGAGGCGAAUAGAAGACUGGUUGUCCAAGAAGAUUGUUGCCUUUUUCUUUAACAUUUUUAGUUAUUGCAGUAGUCCUCGGAGGACCAUCCCCAGGAGCUCCUUGCUCCUCUCUUCUCCACAAACUAACCACCUUUCGAAUCUCUCCAAUCAGUUUCAUUCCCUUGUCAACGAAUCCUCCAUCAAGUUGGCUCCUGGCCAGGUGUCUCUAUUCCAUCUGAGUUCUUCUCCCUUUCAAAGAUUUGGUUUUGCUUCUUCUGCGUCCCCCAAGACUUCUGAAAAAGAACAUUGGAGUAAUUCAGAGAAUAAUGGAGAUGCUAAAGUCUCCAGUCAAGCCGCCUCUAAGCAGAGUGAUGUUGCUGAUCAGACAAAAGAAUCGGGUUCUAUAUCAGAUUCUCAGUCUACUAUGUCUAAUAAUGUGAAAACAAGGAGAAGAACUAAACGAGCAGCAUUUUCUGAUUCAAAUUCCGACGAGGAUUUGAGUGUAGAUGAUCUGGUGAAACUUGUGGCUGAGAAGGAAGAGCUUUUGAAGCAGAAGCAUAAAGAGAUUGAGAAAAUGAAAGAUAAAGUCCUCAGAAGCUAUGCGAAAAUGGAGAAUGUCAUGGACAGGACACGACGUGAAGCAGAGAACUCGAAAAAAUUUGCCAUUCAGGUUUGGUACCAAAGCUUAUUUGCAUAUACAUCUUAUUUUCACAUUAAAGUUUCCUUGUUCAAAAUAGUAGGUUUGGUACGCCUGUUGAAGUCUUAGCUUGACAAAUGGCUUGAAAUCUUGUUGCA